GAAAACGAUUCUCCGGUUGUUGGAAAGAUCGCGAUCAAAGUCUCGACAGGCUAUCGCCUGAAAGCUAGCGUCUUAGCUAACCGGCUAGCCUGGUCCCGGAAAGCGGGUUGUAAGCGCGCGCGCAAUUUAAAAUAAAGCACACCUUUGAAUAUAUUUUCAUUAUAACGUAAAAACGUAGCGUGCAAAUAUCGAUUAUUGGUGCUGUUAUGGUUCCGAUUGGCGAGCUAACGAUUGGCGUGAUUAGCAUUACAUUCACUGCAAUGCUAGGUUUGCCUUUUAAACGCCAUUUUGUUCAUGGUCCAGCCUCAGGCGUUUGUUAUUAGCCUUUACACCACUUAUAUAAAUAUAUAGAUUGGUGCAGUUGUGAAUUUUAUUUUGUAUUUUAUUCAUUUAUGGAGUUUAUACGUGCCACCCAUUCCGAUACUUCUAGCUUUUGUUGCAUUGAGAUUGGCUUGUUCAGGUGAUUGAUUGGUAGAGUGGUGGUGUUAGCCAAUCACAGUGCAGGAGGCGGGAUAAAACGAGCCAAUCACUACACAGGGGGCGGGACAUUUCCCUCCUGAAUACAGGAACCCUGUUGAGGUAUUGUGGGAAAUUUGAUCAGCUCCGCUACCAGGAUGUUCAACCCUCACCAUCACCAGCAGCAGCAGCAGCAGCAGCAGUUUCAUCAGCACCUGCGUCAGCUCCAGCAGCUGUUCCAGCAGCAGACCCCACCACCUCCUCCACCUCCUCCUCCACCACCCCAGCCUCCACCAUCACAUCAUAUCCCCCAUCACCACGGGGGAGGCCGACCAAUGACCGUCCCGGGCACUGCGCCUCCUGCUCGCAUGGUCAACCUGUGCUCUGCCACUCAAACCAUCAUCGCCCCUAAUCCCAUGCUGCAAGGCGCAUUACUGAUGCAGCAGAUGCAAGGGGGCAUGCGGAGCUUUGCCAUGGGUGGACAGCAGUUCCAACAGUUUUUUGCUGCAGGCUCAAGAUCUUCUAUUUUGGGUCCCGUUCCACUAGGAGUUGCUAUUAAGACUCCACAUAUGGGAUUUCCUCCACGACAUUUCAAUCCUCAUACUCGCUAUUUCAACAACGACUUUCAUUCAAGGCAGCUGGACAGGAAGCGGGAGAACGAACACAGACCUGCAAUUUGCCCUGACAGCCAGCCUGGGGCAAGCAGCAGCCGGGAUGAAACCACAGCAGUGGCAGAAGUCAGCAGCCAGCCGUCCACGCAGCAGCUGGAUGAGCCAACUGCAAAGAAACAAAGAACUGAAGGGCCGAACGAUCUACUUGAGACUGAAACCUCUCCCAGUACCGAGUAUGAACGCGCUGCUGAAGAUCCUGACACUGCAGAAUGCAUACUGGAAGAAGACGGGACCGUGGCCGAGGCAGCCGAGGCACUGGAGCAAAGCCGGGCAGCUGAGCAGGGUGAAGGCCCCAAGUCCCCACUCAAAGAAGCAGAUCAGCAGAGCACCUCAAGCCAGUCCGAGCCUGCAGGUUCAGUGACUGUCACUGACGGUAAAGACGAAACAACCAGGAGCAGUGAUGGGGCUAAAGAUGCAACAGGGGGAGAAACUGCUAACAAAUUCUAUUGCUAUAUUUGUAAUAUUACCUGCCACAACCAACAAAAUUUCCAGAGCCAUAUGAACGGACUGGCACACCAGCAGAGGAUGAUGGAAAUUCAGCACAUGAGCAACGCCUGCCUUGUCACACUGCUGCCUCGUGUACAGGAGUCUCUGCAGGGACCACGUAAAGACGGAGAGAAAAGACCAGGCCUGCAGAGGUGGUGUCCCACCUGCAAAAUCCACUUCACUGUUAAUGUCAUGGAUCAUCGUAAGACAAGGGAGCACAAGAUUUGUAGCCGUUCUUCAAGCCCCAGCUGCACUGUCUGUAAGCAGCAUUUCAGAACAUCGAGAGAGUUCAUCGAACACAUGCAGUCCACCGAGCACAAACAGCACAUGGAGGAGGUAUUGAAAGAGACCGGGAAAGGGAACCUGGAAGAUUUGGGUUUGGAGGUAUGCACAGUUGGCCCUGAUGAAGAAGGCAUGGAAAGUGAUGAGGAAGAGAAGAUGGAAGAAGAAAACGGACAGCAGGAAGGAUUGCCUGUACAGAUGGAGGUCACAUUGGAAGAUAUAACGGAGGAGGAAGAGUUUGACUCCGACACAGUAUAUGGUUCCAACUUUGUAAUUCCCGUGGCCGGGUUUCUGUGCCGACUGUGUAACGAGUUCUAUCACUACGAGGCAUCGGCACGGCGCUCUCACUGCAAAACACACCAACACUUUGAGAAUCUAAAGAGAUACAAGGCAUUAAAGAUUCAGGAAGCCUCAGCUUUACAGGCCUCAGAGUCCGUUUGCACCUCGUCGGACCUUCAAACCAAGGACACGGGGUCUCCUAGUGGUUCCUCUUUAAGUGACCCUGCCAUCAGCAACAGUAGACUCGAGUCCACUGAAGCAGCUGCUGAUCAGGAAAACACCACUACCACCACCAGCACCAGCAAAGAAAACAACAACAGUGGCAGUAGCAGCAGCAGCACACCUCCUUCCCCUAACCAGCAACCCGCUUCUGGGUCUCCCGCCCAGCCCAGAGACACGGAGGAAGACGCGGUCACAGAAGAACCCGAAGAUGAGGACGUUCCCACCAGUGUCCCUGAAGAGAAGACGAGCAGAGGGCGGGGUAGGACGCCUGCCAGGAAAAGAGGGAGGGGAGGAAGACGACGCUGAGCACUGAGGAAGACGUAUAAAUGGAGGAGCGAGCUGCUACGGAGAGAUAGAAAGAGUGAGAAUAUUUCAUUCGAUGUCCGUUACCCAUCCUCUAUCGUUCACUAAAAGAGUGGAAGGAGCCGAGGACAGUAGGACAAUCCCUGUAGAGAGUAGGUCUUUUAUUCAGCCAUUUUGAAUGUUCUUUGCCCCAGAAUUUACAUCUCUUACUGGUUAUUAGUCUUUUUAUUUUUUUUAUUUUUUAUUUUUUUUUGGAGAUUCAUUCAGAAUGUGUGUAAAGAUAUCGGAGGAUCUUGAACAUUUAAAGUUCUUGAUCCUUUACGAGCUCGUAGAGACUUAGAAUGUAGCAAAGUUUUACUUUAACCUGUAUUUUUUAACAUCGUUUUGUAAAGCGUAAAAAACAAAAGAGAAAGUACCGUGUUGGGGGCGGGGUGGGUUGGGUUGUUGCAGGAAUUUUAAGGUACGAUUCUUUUGGUUCAUUGUCUGUUGAGAUGGAACGAGAUGAUCCGUGGAAUAACAUGCAACCGAGCUGCGAAUGAUGCGAACACCAAGUUUAAAAAGAAAAGGCAUAAACCUGACUUCAGG